AUGGACACCAACCCUACACUCACCAAAAUUUGUCGCGUUUCAGUCGAAGAAGUUGAUGACGAGGAUGGUACAUCACUCAACAUUGGCCGCUAUAUUGAACCCCAGCCAAAUGCAGGCUGGGGAUUUGGCGAAGGGGAGACCAGAUUUGAAAGACGUAGAAGGGAACAACAGCAAGGUGGCAAAGAUCUGUGGUCUCCCUUUGAGGAUGCAAGACUCACCAGGGAAGAGUGGGGUUUAGCGCAGUGGAUUGUCAAAAAUCUGGGACAAACAUGGACCGACGAAUUUCUAAAACUACCCAUAACGAACUUCAACAUGGUCCGGGGGUGGAGCUGUAAAAAGGUUACUGUCCGUGGUAAUUGUGAGGACGAGGACAGAGCAUUUUUGGAAGAAGAGGUUGAGCUGUGGAGUCGAGAUCCUGUUGAAUGUGUGAAGGAGCUCAUUGGAAACCCUGCUUUCAAGGCGGAUAUGGCCUACUCACCUGCCAAAGCAUAUUCUGACCGUGCAGGCCAACAUAGAGUUAUUGGACGAGAUAAAGCAUUGCCUGAAGGAGCGACUAUAGCUCCGAUUAUUUUGUCUUCAGACAAAACGAUGUUGUCACAGUUCCGAGGCGAUAAGUCUGCGUGGCCCGUGUAUAUGUCUAUCGGCAACGUCACAAAAGCAAAAAGGCAUCAGGCGUCUUCACGUGCGACUGUACUGAUCGGAUACAUACCUGCAGUCAAGCUGGACUGCUUCACUCAUGAAGAACGGUCCCUGGCUGGAUACCGUCUCUUCCAUCACUGCAUGGCUCUCCUGCUCCAUCCUCUGAUUGCCGCCGGCAAUGAUGGCGUCGAGAUGGUGUGUGCUGACUCAUGGAUACGUCGUGUGUACCCGAUUCUGGCCGCAUACGUGGCCGAUUUCCCUGAACAGUGUUUGGUGGCCUGUUGCAAGGAAAAUCGAUGUCCGAAGUGUCUUGUGGCAGCAGAGGAGCGAGGGGAUGUGCUGGACUCAGUUAUGCGUGAUACUGAGACCACGAUGGAUGUCUUGCAAAGGCGUAAGAUCGCUUUCUGGGCCAAAAUUCCUCAUGCCGACAUCUUCCUAGCGUUCACUCCGGAUCUUUUGCACCAAGUUCAUAAAGGUGUGUUCAAGGACCACCUUGUGAGGUGGUGUCAGCAAAUAAUCGGGGAGGAAGAGAUGGACGCACGUUUCAAGGCAAUGCCAAAUUACCCAGGGCUCCGGCACUUCAAGAAAGGAAUAUCGACUGUGAAGCAAUGGACCGGAAGUGAACAUAAAGAAAUGCAGCGAGUCUUUGUAGGCUUACUCACCGGAGCAUUGCUCGUUCGAUUCUGGACUUUCGCAUAUUAUGCGCAACUGCGAAUUCACACAGCGGAUUCGCUCGAAGCCCUACAAACAGCACUAUCAGUAUUUCACGCUAACAAGGAGGUCCUCAAGGAACUGUCUAUUCGUGAACAUUUCAACAUCCCCAAACUGCACCAACUCUCUCAUUACGUCCAGUCAAUCACAUUGUUUGGUGCAGCUGAUGGUUUCAACACAGAACUUCCUGAGCGCUUGCAUAUAGACUUUGCAAAGGACACUUACCGUGCCAGCAAUAAACGUGAUUAUGAGGAACAAAUGGUCUUCCGUCUUCUUGCAGGUACAUAUCUGGAUUGGCUGGAACAUGUGCCUCUCUCAGCUGCAGGCCGGACCAAGCAUGUUUCAAACACGUACGACUCAGACCUGGACUCAGACUCGGACUCAGUCACAGGGUGUGAUGUAUCAGAUGCAGCUACUCCCCAUACCACUUAUGCCGAACGAUCGCAAUCGACGCAUGUCCUUGCAAAGGCUCCAGCGCAUCCACAUCGAGCGGUUCAAGACAUUGUAACAUCACAUGGGGCUACUGAUUUUCUCACAGCUCUCCAGUCUUUCAUACGCAAGAAUCUCCCUGGCUGUACUGUCGUACCAGGGGUGCAGGACCUUAGUGACAUACCAACGCGGAGGCGCGUUAGAGCAACACCUGAGAUAUUGUCAUCAGGCCGUAAGCCUGGUUGUCCGGCUCGGUUUGAUAUGGGGUUGAUAUCUGACAGACCUCAUCCUGCGUGUUUGUGGACUCUGGAUGUAACUGUUGCAGGUCUGAGAGUGGCUCAAGUGCGUGCUAUAUUCUCCCUCCCUCGUCAGUUCGGCACAUACACCAGAGCCCUCGCAUACAUCGAGUGGUUCACACCUUUCAGGGCACCAGACCCUUCUUCUGGAAUGCGACAAGUGUCGCGCUCGACCCGCCAUUGUCGCUGCAAUGCUGCGGUUAUUCAUGUCGACGAAAUCAUUAGGCCUUGUCAUCUUAUACCGAAGAUGGGUCUGUCAGUUGAGCCAAGGUUGAGAAGUGGUAAUGCAUACGAGGCCGCAAAUGAUUUUUAUUUUAACGAGUUCAUCGACGGCGAGAUGUUUUGCGCAUCAGCGGCCACUAAUUAA